AUCAACCCUAAAAUAACUAUACUCGCAAAACUCCAUUUCUUUCCAUCAAGAAUUUCCUCUUCCUGUUUUCAUUAUCAAAAAAAAAAAAAAACCCUAGUAUUGCAUCGAUUUCUUUUUCCUACUAUGGCUACACAAAGUGAUCAAUCAGGCCCUAGCAAUACAAGCAAAACAUUCACAGGUUUAGGAAACCUAAUUAGGGUUCUUCCAACUGGAACAGUUUUCUUCUACCAAUUCAUGAACCCUAUCUUAACCAACAAUGGAAGUUGUAGCUCCACAAACAAGAUCUUCUCAAGCUUACUCUUUACAGUUUGUGGGCUUUCUUGCUUUUUCUCAACUUUUACUGACAGUUAUAAAGAUGAUCAAGGACAUCUUCAUUAUGGGAUUGCCACUUUCAAGGGUUUCUGGCCAACUUCUUCAGAUCCAGCAUCAACUACUUCUGUUGACUUCAAGUCUUAUAGGCUUCAAGUUGGAGAUUUUGUUCAUGCUUUUCUGUCUUUGAUUAUAUUUUGUGUUCUAUCUUUGUUGGAUAGUAACACGGUCCAUUGCUUUUAUCCAUCUUUUGAGAAUACUGAAAAGGCUCUCAUGAUGGCUUUGCCUCCGGUUAUCGGGUCAGUCGCCGGUGCCGUGUUUACCACUUUUCCGAUGAGGCGCCGUGGUGUAGGGUACGCUGAAAGUUCAUCUUCGAAAUCGUCGUCGCCGCCAUCAAACUCGGCUGUUGUUGCACCGGUGGCUUCCGGCCAGCAAACCCCCGUUCAAAAUGUUUAAUAAAUUUAUUCUUCUUAGAUGUAAUUAAAUUUGAGUUGUGAAAGUGAGAAAUUCUUUUGUUCUUUCUUACAAUAAUAUGUAAUUCACUUUAAUGGUUAAAUUUUAAGAUCAAAUCAAAAAAAUUAAUAAGUCGUUUAAUUAAUUUGAUUUGGUCGUAUGGAAGAUGUAUAGAACGAUAUAUUGCAUGUUACUCUGUGUAUGUUUAUGGUGGCUGUAUUAACUUGGGAUUGAUCAUGUCAAUGAAAUUACACAAGAGAAUUUUUAAAUAACGGUUAUUUUAAUUGUUCC